CGUGUCUGACGGAAAAAUAAAAAAAAGUGAAAAAGUUGAAGCACAGUCACACCUGACAGCUCACGUAUCGCCACGCGUUAAAGACCGGAGGAAGAAGAAAGUUCACACUUUCUAAGAACUCAACAAGUCAAAGUUUAAAAAGAGAAAGAUUAAAAAGAGCAAAGGGCAGAAUGAGAGACUCAGCCAAAAGAGGAAGCGGGGAGCAGAAGGAUAGCUCUACUUCAGCCAAUGGAAAACGAUCUGGAGGAUCGAAAGGGAAAGAAGAUGAUAGCUCAUAUACUGUGAAGAUCCAAGGGGCAGGAGUGGAUCCUUUUGAGCUAACGGUUCCUAGGUUCUGUCUGGUCCAAGAUACAUUAAUGACAAUUCUGAAUAGAGAAGAAGUGGCCCCUCGAACAUCUCUUGCUCUCUCCAUGUCUGGUGCAAACCUUGACCCCUUUGCGGAGCUCCAGAAUGUCAAAGGUUUCAAGACAGGAGUCACGCUCAGAUUAAUGGAAGAGCCAUACACUCCCCGGUCAGCUCAAGCUCAUCUGGCUCGUGUUCAGGAGCUGCUGUGCACUUUUAGUCCACAGGAUACCUUGAUAGAGGGCAGAUCUCCAAGUGUGCUAAACGUGUUCACACACACAGCUGAUUCUACUUCUAUUAGUCAGCCCUCAAAGAGCAAAAGAGCUAAUAAUAAGACUGAGCAGACAAAUGAAACUCCUUCUCCUCCUGAUUACAUCCUACCUGGGGCUACAGAGCGCCCCCCUCUGGCCACCUUACUGCCUACCAGCACAUACCCUGAGGUUCCCAGUUGCCUGCUGGAUUUGUCACUUAGCUCUUGGAACCCCCCUCCUGGCUCCAGGAAACUGCAGGGUGACUAUCUGUACAUUAGUGUUGAAACAUUGGAGGGCAAGCACUAUGACAUUACAUCAUCUCCUCGAGGGUUUUACGUGAACAGGUCUACUGAGCAUGCUUUUGACCCACGUCCUGCCUCAUCCACUCUAGUGUGUCACUGCCUGACUGACCUGCUGUCUCAUCUCAGUCAACAGUUUAAGCAUAACUUUAAUACACUCCGACACAGGCCUUCUCUGUCAACAGAAGAGUCUAUGUCCACCCCUUACCACACUAUGAGCUGGUUGGGGGGUUCAGCACUCUAUUCUCACAAAACCAACCAUGGCUGUAGACUGGGUUUAGAGGGCCUUAAUAAUCAGGCUCCAGACUGGAAUGAAGAAAUACAGACAGCUAGAGAUCUACCACAGACCACCUUAGAAGAGAGACUCCAAAGAGAAAAAGCCCUACUACAGGUAAAUAGUGCCUUUGCAUGGGCCGCAGCCCAAGCUGCCGAAAAAGUGAUUGAUGGCUUUGUUGAUCCAAUUAAUGGUUCUAAUGAAGCCCCAGCAUUCCUGUGGGGCGGUCUUUUUAUGAGCACUGGUGGGCCUGGAGAAGACGGGUUGGGUGGCGAUCGAGGUCGAAGGGCAGCACAGAGACUUGAACUACAAGCUAUUCAGGCUUACAGUGAUUUAGAGGGAGAUCUACAAGCUCUUCACACUCUCCCGACUGCUCUAACAGAUUACAGAGGCCUUCGUCUUUGUGUCCAAGGUCUGGCACCUGGCCUCCAGGCCCAGGAUCAAUCUGGGGUCUCUCCUGGCCUCUUGUAUAGCCUCAGUACUGGGCCUUUAGAGAACCCAGCCCGUAGGAAGCUUUUGCAGCUGCUAGCUCAGUCAGCCAAGGCCCUUGGCUUGCAGAGGUAUGCAGUAGUGGGCCCCAGUGGCUAUCAGGCUGCCCUGUUCACCUCUAUGGAUGCUCAGGGACUUUUGGGAGCAGAUUGCCGUUAUUACAUCCUUGAUGUAUACCGUACAGCUCCGGUUGAUGCCAACUUCUGCUUGGCCGAAGGGGUAGAAGAGGCGAAAGACGGCAAUGUUCCCAGGCGUUUCCCUCAUGGGCUAUGUCGCCUACGUCCAGAGCUAGUCAAGGCUUUCGUGCAGCACAAGCAUACUGAGUUUACAAAGCGUGUGAGAGAAAAGAUGCAGGAGAGUGAAGGCACAGAGGAUUGUGGACAAUCAGGUGAUUCUCGAGGCACAGAAGCAGUGAGAGCAGCCUGCAAAGAUGUCGGCUCUAUCAGUGACAUUAUCUUUGAGAUGCGUUUUAACCCUUCUGUCUUCUCUCCAGGUGUCCAGUUUCCCAAGUCUGAGGGUGCUGCUGUGGCCUUACAGGAGAGAUUAUUAAAAGAGGCUGCUGCAUUCAUCAUCAAUGAUCAAAUACCAGCAUUUAUUAACGACUGUCUGCACUACAAUGAGAUGCCCAUAGAUGGAGCUACACUACGACAAGCCCUGCAUCAGAAAGGCAUAAACCUCCGUUAUUUGGGUCUGUUGAUAUCCGCCAUCAAUCAGUCAAGUAACAAGGAGCAACUAAGGCAUAUUACUAGACUGGUUUUCGGGGAGAUUGUAGUACGCUGUGCUCGAAGGAUCUUCAAUGGCUAUAUACAGGGCGUGGAAUUGUCUAACCUGUCAGCGGCUGCAAGUCACUUUUUAUGCUGCUUACUGGUGCCUCACUUUAGUCCUGCCUCAAAUAGUGAGGAGUCUAAAAAACGCUCCAGGAGGCGUGGAAAUAAAGGUGGAGGAAGCACUGAUAAUACUGCAUGGAGCUUGCUCAGUGGAAAUGAGCUGUGGACCCACAUAUGCCAAGAUGCUUUAGAGACCUAUGGUGUUAAACAGGCACUUGGGUCAAAUAUAGACCAGUUGGUUGAGCAGUAUGGGCUUCAGAAACUAUCAUUAUUACGAGAGAUCUGCUUGAAGACUGGCAUACAGCUCCGUCUUAGAGAUUAUAUCCUGGACAACCGUACCAAAGCCCCAAUUUCUCCAGAUGAUGUGCUAAACCUUCUGCCUGUGGUCAAACACAUCAACAUGCCAAUAACUGAUGCAAUGCGGUCAUUCUGUGCAGCCCAAAGUAGCCUUCAGAAAGGGUUGCUAGAGCAGGCAUAUGAGCAGUUGAAAGAGGCAGCGUACUUGUUUGGUCGUGUCUGUGACAGUUUACACCCUGAGGCCUGCAACUGUCUCACUUUACUGGCUAAAAUGGCUUAUGUUCAGGGCCACCCUGCUGAGGCUCGCAGUGUACAAAUGAGGGUGGUUGUCAUCAGUGAGAGAGUGCUGGGCUUCGACCACCCAAAUACCAUUCAACAAUAUGCUUUGUUGGCAGUGUACUUGUUUGCUGGAGGAGAGACUGCUUUGGCCUUGAGGUGUCUGUAUCGAGCUAAAUUGCUUAUGGUAACAGUACAUGGGGAGGAUCAUCCAUAUACAGCAGUAUUGGACAGUUCUUUGGGAUUAAUGCUCCAGGGGGAUCAGUCCCUGCAGUACCUACAGAGUGCACUGAGACUCAAUACUUCUUUCCGAGGUGCCAUGGACCUUUCAACUGCCCUGAAUCACCACCUCUUGGCUCAGAGGAUGUGUGUAGCAGGAGAUUACAGAGGAGCCAUGGCUCAAGAGAAGGAAGCACACAACGUGUUCGAGAAGCAGUAUGGUGACAAUCAUCCGCAGACUAAAUGCAGUUCUGACUUCUUGAAAGCCGUCACCCAGCAUGCAGUGCGUGUGGAACGGUCCAUACGACAGGCGGGGGCCGAGCUCACAGACCUAAGCACUCCUGAGAAUCUGGUUCCCUCUUUCGAAACUACUUUGGAGCAGUUAGCGCUUGUAAAUGGUAUCCUGAAGACUUCAUACAGCAUGAGGCUUAUGGAAUUCAAAGAGAAACUGAAAGAGAGAAAAGCUAAUGAGGAAUCAGAGAAAGUGAAAGCAAACUCGUCCAAUGAAGUCAAAGUUGUUGAGGAAGCUGCAUCCAGUGAGGAGCAGAGUAUAGAGGUGAUUGAUGGAAAUGCUAUGAAUCAACCAGAAAAAACAGAUGCCUUGGAGGACAGACCUGACCAAACCCAAGUGAAUGGGGAAUUUGAGUCUGACAUACAAAAUGGAGAUGUAACAACUGCACCUGAUGAAGAUGAAGGCAAAUCAUCAAUACUUGCAAUAAAGAAUCCAACAGAGUCAAAAGAGAUCAUUACCGCAACCAUCUCUGAACCGGCCUUAGUAAAUGGAGAAUGCAAGGCUAACGAAGAAGUAAUGCUUGUGGAGAAAGAGACCCCACAGAAUUGAGACACCUACCACUGCAGAAAUUGCAGAGAUACAAACAGACAAAGAUCGUUAACUUCGUGGGGGAGGGUCACACACACACACACACACUAAUGUGUUCAAGCACAAUUCUAAUUUUUAUUUUGGUUUUCUGAUUUGCUGGAUGAUCUCCAGAUCUUGGCAGUGCUCAUACUGAGGCUCUGAAGGCUCAUACCAGAUUGAUUCCGGGAGUUUAUGAAGCUUGUGUGGAGGGAAACGGAUUACGGCAGUAUCAUUAAACACAUCUAAGAAACGCUGUGAGCAGGGCAGGCUUGUCUCCUCACACACAUCUGUUACCUUAAACACAACCAUGUCAAGGGAUACAACUUACAACAGCAAGAACAAACAUAUGCUUUCUGUCUAAAUAUAUUACCCAUUUGAAACAACUAAUUACAUACUUCCAAAAUUUCAGUUUUUUUCUUUAUGUUUUGGACAUUUAUCACAUUCCUGAUAACAAUUGCAAAUAAACACUAUUCUUUAA